AGCCGUGUGUCCUUGCUGCAUCCUCCGCAUGCGAGCUUAUAAAGAGUCUUCGUGAUUCCUUUAUUCAAAUUUUUCAAGCAUGCCGAGACACAUUUCUUGCCGCUAUUUGUUAGUUUACUUGUGCGUGAGCGCGAUCCUAGCGUGUGGAUUGUCGCGGAGAAUUCCUAGACGAGCGUCCUGUCCCUCGUGCAGUCAAGAUUGUCCAGAAGCCUUAACCGUUCAGCUACCAUGGUAUCCUCGUCAAGAAUCAGUUCUGCAAUCAAGCAUCCCGCGAGAUUUUUCAACCAGCCAAAAUUCUCUUCACUCUCGCUUAAUGCAAGAACGAAUGUCUCAAGAUGUCGGCAAUAACAAUAUGUUACUGAAUGAAAAUGCAAUGUCCUUCGGAAACUAUAGGAGUUUGCCUCAACAAGCAUCUACGAGUGAAAAUUUUAUUUUCAAGUUCCCGGAAUAUGUAGACAGGCGGACGACCUCUCAGAAUGAUUUUGCGUACGAAUAUCCUCCCGUUUACGUUUCUCCACCGAAACAAUUUUUCGACAGGUCGGAAAAUUUGUUCCUCAGAAAUCCUCGCGAUCAAAAUUCAGAGUUCUCAUUAGAGAACUCUGGGAACUUCCAGGGCUACACAGAAAAUGAGGAUCCUGCGAACAAAAUGCUCGUUGUGUACCGCGCCGACAGAAACACAGAGCCUUCGGGGGAGAAUUUAAAGGACGCUUCUUCUUCGAGUUAUAUUCUGCCAAAAAGAUCCUUCCCAAAAAUCGAAAAUACUUUCCAGUUACGUCGACAAGACCUCGACAAGGAAAAAAGUAUGAUUGAGGAAACUACAAGUCCUGCCAAUCAGGAAUACGAUUUUACGUAUCUUGGAAAAGAAUAUUAUCCCACAAACUUCGACGAAAUUAAACCUAAUUAUAUCGUUCCUCAGAAAAUCCGAAAGCCGACAAAAAAUGAAAAGCUUUUCGAUAAUUGGGAUACGAAUGGUUCGUUGCGGUCUUCGAAUUUAAGACAGUUGAUGCAACCUGAAGAUAACUUUUUCAGAAAUCCUGUAGACAAGCAGGAGACGAUUAUCACCGAAGAAAAUAAUGAUUAUUUUAAUCAAAAUCCUUACGUGUCCCCUCAGGAAUUGAAUAUUUGGAAACCGUCAGAGAAAGAAGAAUUUUUUAAUAAUUUCAAUUUUGCACGCAAGAACUCACAAGAAAUGAAACCCGCAGAAAUGAAACGAUUACAGAAAGCUGAAAAUAAUUGGCUGUAUCCUGCGAUGAAUACCAGAUAUUUCGACGGCGAGAACGACGAGGAAUAUUUCGAAAAUGAAGAAAAUAUGAAUCAAGAUUAUUUUUACGACGACAUUGAAAAAGACACCAUCAUGAAAGAUAAUUAUAAUCCUUAUACCGUUUUCCCAGAUAUGAAUAUUUGGGGACCAGUGCCAGAUGAAGAAUUUUCCAAAGAUUUGGAUUUCACGCAUGGAAACUUGCAAGAUGUUCAAAAAGAGGAGCAGUUGGAAAUGUAUCCUAACAAAAAUAACAAUCAUUUCCAGAACGAAGAGAAAGAGAAUACAAACAUUGAUAAAGCUCACGCCAAUGCAGAUCAAAUUAUUCAUCCACGAAAAAUUAAUCCUUAUAUUACUAAUCUUUUUUCUCGAUACUUUGGUAUUUUAAAUAAUCUAAGAUAUCCUGCUGAAUCCUUGAAAACGCAAGAAUUAUCGAAACCUAAAAGUAACAUACAUGUGAAUUCUAAUGAAAACAGAAACAAAAGGCUCUUCAAGGAUGAACCCAUUACGAAUGACGCGCCUAAGGAUCCGGUUACUCCUACAAACAUUUUGUAUAUAAGGAAAUACAAAAGUCCUGCUGUUGACACGCAAAAUGUAAAGACCAACAUCCAGAAUGAAACUUCGACAAAAUUUGAUCCUGAUUUAUUGGACGAUAUUGAAGAUCUUCCAGCAGAACCAACCGAACCGACAUCAACAGAUUCUCCGAUAGAACUUUCUACGCCACAACAAUAAGAACUUUUCGAUGCUGUACAUGAUUUUCCUAUCUUUUAUUUAAGAAUCUUUCGGUGUCGAAAGCUUAUUCUUUAUUCGUCUGCAUUUCAUUUUAAUUAAAUUAUACUCUAAUACUAGUAAAUAUAAACUUAGCAAAUGUAUUUUUACAAGCAAAUGCUAAUUUAGUCUAAGAAAAUAUAAAAAUCUACUAUUUAUUAAUGU